UAGGAGUUUGUAUGCUGCUGCCAAGGUUAGUCAUUAACCUUGUCUUCUCAGUCACUCAGGGCACCAGAGGCGGACAGUACUGUGUCCAAGGCAUGCUACCACCCAGCCGCCACAUCUUACCAUGGGUGACUGUAACCACUGGACACACGAGCGGGCUUUAACCGUACCGGACGACGUGACGGUUGUGUUUCAUAAAGUUGACAGCCAUGGCGAGAACAGCGGCGACCUCGACGAGUGUGUCGAGGAUGAGCACACAUCGGAGAGGAUUCACUUGCGAAGUAACCCUCGCCGUGUGUCCACCAGUGACUGUGAGGAUGAUGCCGAGGGGCAAGAGGAAGCGACAGGCAUUGAAAAUUCACCGGAAGGCAGCGAGAAGAAAACGCUGUGCCCGCCGGCGUUUUGCAUCAGAAACGAACCGGCAAACCGUGAAGGCCCAGAGAAACCAAAGAAAUGUCCAGGUCUCGGUUUGUUCUAUGCUUUCUUGGCCACAGUUUUCUUCUCCAUCAUUGCUCUCUUGGUAAAAACCAUCGAGGGAAUCCAUGCCAUAGAGAUCAGCGCCAUACGCUGCUUCUUCCAGAUGCUCUUUACUAUGCCGUUACUCAUCUACCACAAGACAGGUUUCCUUGGUCCCAGAGACAAACGUAUAUAUCUGGUGCUGCGGGGUUUCAUUGGUUCCAAUGCCAUGAUCCUGCUCUACUAUGCCGUUCAGCAGAUGCCGCUAGCAGAUGCCACUGUCAUCAUGUUCAGUAACCCCGUCUUUACCUCGCUUCUGGCCUGGAUUUUCCUGAAGGAGAGAUGUACAAUCUGGGACUGUGUCUUCACUGUUUUUACCCUCUCUGGAGUCAUCCUCAUCGCCCGACCACCAUUCCUCUUUGGCGAGCAUGUCGGUGGCAUUGAGGGCAACUACACUAAUCACAUCAAGGGGACUAUUGCUGCCUUUGCAGGAGCACUUGCGGCAGCUUUUACAUUUGUUGUCCUUCGCAAGAUGGGAAAAAGUGUCCAUUACUACCUCUCAGUCUGGUACUAUGCUGUCAUCGGUUUCAUCGAGUGCGUCAUCACUGUUUCCGUCCUUGGGGAAUGGAAAAUCCCAGACUGCGGCUGCGAUCGCUGGAAGCUGAUGCUGAUCGCAGUCCUAGGUAUCGCUGGCCAGACCUUCCUCACGAAGGCCCUGCAGAUUGAGAAAGCUGGACUCGUGGCCCUGAUGAGGACUGUGGAUGUGGUGCUGGCUUUCUUCUACCAGUUUGUUUUCUUUAACCGUGCACCGACCUGGUGGAGCCUUGGAGGGGCGCUGUGCGUGGUGGUGAGCACCAGUGGAGUAGCACUUAGGAAGUGGUACACCAACAAUCGCAAGGGCUGAGCAGGAGGAGCAACAUAGAAUACUUUAGUAUUACUAUUUAUUCUUUUUUCACUCUCAUAUGUGCUUGAUUCAUUCUGUAUUUUACUCGUAAUUUACAUGCAAACCUGUGAGGAGGUUUACAUUCUUUGGUGAGGUAAAACAGAAAUAGAGGGAUAAUCUAAUAGGGGCCAGUUAUGAGCUUGUGAUAGUUUUUAAGUGCAGUCGUUAUAUACAUAUUGAUUCUUGAGAAUCAACAUGCAUAAUUUAUUGUUAUGCAAUUGUUAUGAGAACAGCAGUUGAACCUUGCUGCCCCAAAUCUUUUGCUGCUCCCCUGGAGCCUGUGUAGCUAAUUCUAACUAGCUAACAUAUCCUGUUUACCCUUUGAUAAAAAUGUACACUGCCUAAAUGGGGUGAAAGCAUAAUUUCACUAUAACAAAGCAGUUUAAUAAAAGAUAUCCUCAGAUCCAUUUUCCCUCUACUUUAACCUUGAAUGAAAUAGCCAAAGAAAGAGUUAUAUUGCGUUGGGACCAUUCAGACGGUGUCAAAUAACUCAGCAAUCAUAAUAUACUAUAAAAGUAUAUGGCUUGCGUGUACUUUGUUGUGACAGUAUGUUUCAUUGUAUGUAAUAGGCACUAUCAAAGUCAUCAGUAUCUGCAAAAAAUAUUUCCUAUUAGCUGUGGUGCUUAGAAUACAGCUACAGUCAUUUUGUCAUCUGCAUUAACUCAAGAUA